CACACAUCUCAUGUAUCAUUGAUUCAGUAGAUGUCAUUAAGGGAACUGGAAGGAUCUGGGGGUUUUUUCACAUUUUUAAGCUUUAGAUUGUAAUCUGCAAGUACAUUGUAACUAUAAGACCAUGGACCCUCGGAAAUGUGCACAGGAAGUCUUACGAUGUAAGUUGUGUGGAACUUCCGGUCCUGCAUUUUACUGCGAAGUCUGUCGCUUCUACAUUUGUGCGAGAUGUGUUGGGAACCAUCUCUUAGAUGAAUCCAAAGACCAUAAAGUUGUGCCAUUUGAACGGCGUAAGUUUAUUCCAAUUUUUCCUACAUGUUCCAAACACACACCCAAACAAUGCGAUCUCCAUUGUGAACAAUGCAACAUUCCAAUUUGUACUCGAUGCGUUUCCUCGUAUGAUCAUUUAGGACAUAAAGCAGAUGACAUAAUGAUAACUUUCCAGAGAAAAAAAGAAAUCUUACAACAAGAUCUAGAAGAAUUGGAGAACUCCUUUUUACCAAAAUGCCACGAGGUUGUGUCAAAAAUCAAACAUCAAAUAACUACUAUUAAUGAAGGCUUUCGGGAAUUGUCCAAUGAAAUAGAACAGCGAGGAAAAGACUUACAUAGAGAAAUAGAGACGAUUAUCGAAAGGAACAAAUCAGAAAUAAGUAAUUUGCAUAAAAAAUAUUUGACUGCCAUGGAAAAGCAGGAGAGCCAAAUCAACAACGUAAUAGCAGAGAUCACGCACAACAUCAGUGAUCUCAAUAAUGUGCUGGAUUCAGAUGAUUUCUAUCUUGUAUCUGCAUACAAUUCUAAGAAAGAUAGUAUUCAAAGUUCCGUUCCAAAGCUUAAAAUGACAUUUCCUAGUUUCUGUAUCCAAUAUAUCAACAAAGAGCAACUGUGUGAGCAGUUUGGAUCGCUGUCAUCAGGGAGUAUCACAACAGAACAUGGUGACUUAAUCGAAUAUCCGGGAGUUACGUCCCCUCCUUUAGACAAGCCUCUUCUAGCUCAACCUAAAAUUUUAUCAUGUACAAAUACGGGAUAUUUUUGUCUGUAUAGAGUUAUGUGUGUUAGUGAUAAAAGAAUGUGGACUAUUGGUAAUAGCAGUUUCGUAAAACUUUACAACAUCCAGGGAGAACUGCUGGAUUCUAUCAAAACCAAGUCAUGGAAUGUACCCUCAGACAUAGCAUUGUCAGUGAGUGAAGAUCUGGUUUAUACUGAUUACUAUGACAGAAGUGUGAAUGUAAUAAAAGGAAACCGGAUAGAAAAAGUGGUCAAACUAUUGACAUGGAGACCUCUAAAUGUGUGCAGUGCCUUAUCUGGGGACCUUUUGGUUACCUUGAUUCGCGAUGAUAAAAAACAAUCGCAAAUUGUCCGUUACUCUGGCUCCACCGAGAAACAAAUCAUUCAAUUUGAUGACGAAGGCAAGCCUCUCUUUUCAACAGUCCAGCUUGGUGCCAUCUGUGAAAAUCGGAAUUUGAACAUCUGUGUCAUAGAUAUCGAAGCCUGUGCAGUAGUGGUUGUUAAUCAGGCCGGUAAGCUCCGAUUUAAAUACACUGGUCUUGAUUCCGAAUCCACUUCUGAGAAAUCAUUUGAUCCAGUCGGAAUCAGUACAGACAGCCAGAGCCAGAUACUAGUAGCAGACUAUGACAACAACCGUAUCCAUAUUGUUGAUCAGAAUGGACAUUUUCUCUGCUUUAUUGACAAAUGUGACAUGCGGCAUCCAUACGGUCUAUAUGUCGACGUGGGAGAUAACCUCUAUGUUACCGAAUUUGACAGAGGUCAUGUGAAAAAAAUUCAAUAUCAUAUGUGAGCUAUCAUGAAAAAUGUACAUUUUAUUGAUUUCACUUAAUAAAGAGUUGG